UCGUACCAGACCACCGACACGCUCCCGAUCGGCAUAUCCCAAUCGCCCGACGGCAAUUCAGAAGCUCGGCUGGGUUCGCAAACCCCGGUCUCGAAACGCGACCAUCAUCUAGCUCGAAACCGACUCGCGGCCUCUAAAUGCCGGCAGCGAAAGAAAGACUGGGUGGCGCGCCUGGAACAACAAUACCGCGAUCUAUCGGCGCAAAAGGUGGCGCUGAGCGAGACGGUGAUGCUGUUGCGAGCGGAGCGCCUCCAACUGAAACAGCAAUGCUUGGAACACCAAGAGUGCGCCUGCGAAGAGAUACGGACGUACCUAAAGAAAAUGCUGGACAAGCAACUCAGCGUCGCGGGACUGGGG